CGCGGCCGGGGUUUCGAUACACAGCACCUUUGCCUUCCCGCGCUCCCCGGGCCGGAAGUCACGUGACCCGGGGCUGCGCUGCAGAGGGAUGGAGAGCUGAUGCUGGGUCACCUGCUGGCUCCAGAACGGCGCUACCGGCUCCGGGCUGCACCCAGGGCGGCUGUCGCAGGGACUCUGGGCCGUUGUCAUGGAGGACGGCUGUCCCCGCAUCCGCCGGCGGGUGUCUGUCCGCAAAAGGAACCGCGGCAACCUGGAGAGCCUCGGUGCCUCCCCGACCCCGGCCGAGCUCCAGCCUGCCGAGGACACGGAGGACGAAGCUGCAGCCGGGAGCCGCCGCCGGAAAACCGGGAGCCCGGAGCACGCCCAGGAAAAUGACAGCGAAGAGGACAUGUUUGGUGACUAUGACAGCUUUACAGAAAGUUCCUUCUUAGCUCACGUUGAUGACCUGGAACAGAGAUAUAUGCAGCUGCCUGAAUGUGGGGACCGUGAUGCAGACUCUGGCACCAAAGACCUUUGUUCAGCAGGCCUCAAAAACAACCUCAGAGUUACUACUGUUAUCAACCUCACUGACCCGGGAACUAGUGAGCACGGCCAGAAGCAGGGUCACCUAGAUGUCCCUGCUGAGCCAGAACCUGGACACGAUCUCUCGUUUGAUGUGCCUUCUUCUCAAAUUUUAUACUUUGAAAAUCUGCAGAACUCUUCAGAAGCUUUGGGCGAUCCAUGCACUAAGGAGACAGAUGGGAACCCACAGAAGUCAUCACGUGAAGAGUUGGUCUCCAGCCACACAGAGCAACCCCAGCCAAAUAAUGACUUCUCUAACGUCAGAGCUGCUUCAGAGUCAAGCAGGAGAAAAAGUCUGAAAGACCAUCUGAAAAGUACCAUGACUGGGAACGCCAGGGCCCAGGCCCCAGUAUUUCCCAGGAGUAAACACCUCAGAGAGGCGCUCCUGUCUGAGGAGAUCAGCGUCGCUAAGAAAGCCAUUGAGUCACCGUCAGAUGAUCUUGGUCCUUUUUAUUCGCUACCCAGCAAAGUGAGAGAUCUUUACGUUCAAUUGAAAGGCAUCAAAAAACUAUAUGACUGGCAACAUACUUGUUUAACGCUAAGAUCUGUGCAAGAAAGAAAAAAUUUAAUAUAUUCCUUGCCAACGAGUGGCGGAAAAACCCUUGUGGCUGAGAUCUUAAUGCUGCAAGAGCUGCUCUGCCGACAGAAAGAUGUCUUAAUGAUCCUUCCGUAUGUGGCCAUUGUCCAAGAGAAGAUCUCCAGUUUAUCGAGUUUUGGUAUAGAACUUGGUUUCUUUGUUGAAGAAUAUGCUGGAAGCAAAGGAAGGUUUCCUCCAGUUAAAAGGAGGGAGAAGAAAUCACUGUAUAUCGCCACUAUCGAGAAAGCGCACAGCCUGGUGAAUGCCUUGAUCGAAACCGGCAGGCUCAGCACUCUGGGUCUGGUUGUCGUCGAUGAGCUGCACAUGAUUGGUGAAGGGAGCCGUGGCGCCAUACUGGAGAUGACCCUGGCAAAAGUCCUCUACACCAGCAAAACAACUCAGAUUAUCGGCAUGAGUGCAACAUUGAACAACGUAGAAGACCUGCAGGCGUUCCUUAAAGCCGAGUACUACACCAGUCAGUUCAGACCAGUGGAAUUAAAAGAAUUCCUGAAAGUAAAUGACACAAUCUAUGAGGUAGACAGCCAGGCUGCAGAUGGCAUGACCUUUUCACGGCUCCUGAGUUAUAAGUACUCUGAGGCCCAGAAGAAGAUGGAUCCCGACCGCUUGGUAGCACUGGUGACAGAAGUUAUUCCUAACUACUCCUGCCUGGUGUUUUGUCCCAGCAAGAAGAACUGUGAAAAUGUAGCAGAAAUGUUGUGCAAGUUUUUAAGCAAGGACUAUCUAAACCACAGAGAGAAAGAAAAAUGCGAAGUGAUUAAAAGCUUGAGGAAUGUCGGCCAUGGUAAAGUGUGUCCUGUCCUGAAGCGCACUGUCCCUUUCGGCAUUGCCUAUCACCACAGUGGUUUAACCAGCGAUGAGCGGAGGCUUCUGGAGGAGGCUUACUCCAUAGGCGUGCUCUGUCUCUUGACCUGCACGUCCACCCUGGCAGCAGGGGUCAAUCUGCCCGCACGGAGAGUCAUUUUACGAGCUCCCUAUGUGGCUAACACGUUCUUAAAGAGGAAUCAGUACAAGCAGAUGGUUGGCAGGGCUGGCCGCGCUGGGAUAGACACUGCCGGGGAGAGCAUCCUUCUGCUGCAAGAGAAGGACAAGCAGCAGGUCCUGGAUCUAAUAAACGGACCACUGGAAAGCUGCUGCAGCCAUCUUGUUGAGGAGUUCACCAAGGGAAUCCAGAGUUUGUUUCUUUCCUUAAUUGGUCUGAAGAUUGCAGCAAGUCUUGGUGACAUAUAUCAGUUUAUGAAUGGUACAUUUUUUGGUGUUCAGCAAAAGAUUUUAUUGAAAGAAAAAAGUCUCUGGGAAAUAACUGUUGACGCUCUUGAACACCUGGCAGAGAAAGGACUUCUACAGAAAGACAGCCGUGGUGACAAUGAGGGGUUAGAGUGUCACUUCCGGAUUACAAAACUGGGCCAAGCUUCUUUUAAGGGAGCCAUUGAUGUGGCCUACUGUGACACUCUGUACAGAGACUUGAAGAAAGGUCUGGAAGGACUUGUACUGGAGAGCCUUCUUCAUCUGGUCUACCUAACCACGCCCUAUGACCUGGCUGCUCAGUCUGAGCCUGACUGGAUGGUGUACUUCAGGCAGUUUGGUCAGCUCAGCCCGGCAGAGCAGAAUGUAGCCGCUCUUCUCGGAGUCUCCGAAAGCUUUAUCGGGAAGAAAGCAGCAGGACAAGCCAUCAGAAAGAAGGUGGACAAGAAUGUUGUCAACAGACUCUACCUGUCGUUUGUGCUUUAUUCUUUGCUGAAAGAGACCAACGUUUGGAGUGUGUCUGAGAAGUUUAACCUGCCCCGAGGAUACAUACAGAACCUGCUUACGGGAGCUGCCUCCUUCUCCUCCUGUGUGUUACAUUUCUGUGAGGAGCUGGAGGAAUUUUGGGUUUACAAAGCCCUUUUGGUGGAACUCACCAAGAAACUGACGUACUGUGUGAAGGCGGAGCUAAUCCCUCUCAUGGAAGUGACCGGGGUCUUAGAGGGUCGAGCAAAACAGUUAUAUAAUGCGGGUUACAGAAGCAUCAUGCACUUAGCCAAUGCCAACCCAGAAGUGUUGGUGAAGACAAUUGAUCAUCUGUCCAGACGGCAAGCCAGGCAGAUUGUUUCCUCGGCCAAGAUGCUGUUGCAUGAGAAGGCAGAGGCACUGCAAGGAGAAGCAGAAGAAUUACUGAGAUUGCCUGCAGACCUCCCUGGGCUUGGGGGUCCCAGCUCUGAAAGGGCAGGAAGCCAUGAUGGGGACAUAAGUCUGAGCUAGGGCAUUUGCCUGAGAUGCCUCCGGCCCUGGGAUAAAUCCUCAGUACCUCCAAGACAGAAGAAAAGGCCGGAGGGUUGUAAACUGCGCAGUGGUGAGCACUGUAACCCAGCACUCGGGAGACAGAGGACGGGCCAUGAGGGUCAGAAAUCAGCUUCAGCUACACAGAGAGUUGGAGGCUAGCCUGGGCUGCAUGAGCCCCUGUCUCCAAAAGAAAAAACCCCAUGAAGCUGUCUGAUGUGUGUUUUUUAACUUGACUUAUUUAUUAUAUAUGUAUCUUAUUAUUGAAA